AUGGAUGCGAUUCCGCCGUCAUACAAGUCCGCCACAGACCGUGAUGCAUGGUCUAUCAUCGCCUCAUACAUUCCCUCGAGCGACCUGUGCGCCACUUCGCUUGUGUGUCAUCGAUGGCAUGACUUAUUCAUGCCACUGCUAUGGGGAGACCCUGCCUCACACUUUGGCACCGAGAAUGAUGCCGUUUACGUGGCCCUCACUCGGUUCCGCCGAUGCUUGAAAUAUGCGAGACUAGAGGUCAGGUCACUCACCCAUACACUUCACUUGCCUCCAGCGCUCUCAGAGAUCUACGACGGACCCAGGCCCGACUGGCUGAAAGAGAUCCUGGAGUAUCUACCGUGCCUCCAGUGCUUGAUGGUCUCCAAAUUACCAUUCUUUGAUCAUAAUGCAAUGAUUGCUCUGACUAAGGAGGACUCGACCUUAAGAGAAUACAACAUUCGUCUGCUUCUUGCGGAAAGCGAGCCCAACGCAACCUCUGCCGGAUUGGCUGGGACAUUGGUCCGUUUCCCGCGCCUGAUAUAUCUGGAUCUUUCCCAUACAACGCCCGCGCGUGACCACAGCGUUCUAUCGUGCCUAUCACAAAUGGAGAAUCUACAUGUGCUUAAGCUGCGCGGUCUCGGAUUGAAUGACGCCGAUGCACAGUUCCUGGCUAAUGCCAUUGGAACUCGAGUUCGCUUCCUAGAUUUGCGACAGAACUUCCUCACGGAUGCAGCAAUCCGCUCGAUCCUGCAAGUGUCGUUCCUUCCUCCAGAUGAACCAAUGCAGAGGAUAGGGAUAAGGAGCUUUGGUGUCUCAACCCAGCGGGAACCACGAGCGAUUCAUGCAGGUUCCCUCUACAAGGAAUUCCUCAGAUCUCCGAAACUGGACGAUCAAUAUGCAAAACACCUUGUCCAGCCAAAGUCGAGUUAUCACUGGAUCGAGGAUCUUCCGCGUACCGGAAUUACGCAUCUUUGCAUUGCAGAAAAUCCUAUCACAUUUGAAGGUGUUGCGGGUUUGUUGACGUCGGGUCGACUUCACGCCCUCGAUGUGGGAACGGUUAAUACUGCAGACGUUCUCAACAAUACAAGUUUAGGACAUGGCAAGUACCCAGGGGCCGAGAAGCUUGUGCCGAUCCUAGCAAACGUCGCUGGAGACGCACUCGCAAUGCUUCGCAUUCAUCACGCAGUAAUCACGGCUGAGGCCCCUGACAAAAACUCGGUAUCCGUAGCAGAACUACUGCCCGAGCUUCCUUCCAGUAGGGAGAUGAUCCCCCCAGCCGAGCUUGACGCAUUCCAGGAAAUCCACGAGCUGCCUGCCGGUGAAUACUACCCUGUUAGCGAGCUGCCAGAUACGUCCACAAAGACACCAGGGAGUGACACUGUCAUCCCUGUCGCAAUGAGCUCAUCGAGCCGCUAUACAGAUGACCCGUCGUCCAUUCCUCGCCGCGGUUCAGUCUUCGCACCAGAAGUUGUGGUACAGCCGACUGACGAGUCAUACACGGCCGGACAGCAGCAAGUCCAGCGGAUGCCCCAGAGCCAGCCAGGUAAUCGAGCUCCAUAUCUGUCAGAAUCGACGCUUCAAGUGGCAGAUGAGACGUGGUCAUCCAUACCCGCACGAAACAAUUCCCCUCUACCACCGGAAGACCCCCAAGCUAGAAGAAUCAGAGAGUUGAUGUCGAAACGUCCUCGAAGUCAAACCCUGCCACUCCGAAACGGCAAAGAAUGCCUGAUCCCAUAUUUGCACCCCUCCCACAUGCCCAAUCUCGAGGUUCUAGUCCUUACAGAUGUGCCAUCACGUAUACCGGCUGAAUCCUCCAUUCUCGAGUCUUUGAUUAGAUUCAUUACGGCCUGCUCCAAUGAGGCUCUGCUAGCAACCUUACAGGCUGGAACUGAUUACUCUUUACCACCCGGACGAGCCCGCGCUCUAGCAGAACAGCAGCGUGCCCGCGCCCUGUUCCGUCUCCGGCGCAUAGUGCUCGAGAUCGCACCCACGGACCGCACCCAGAGAACCUCCACAUGGAAAGCCGGUGCUCAAGCCUCGAGUACAGGAGACAGAGACUCCGAAGCGUUGUGGGCGGCAGCUGCAGACGACUUUAGCUUCUUCGACAAUAUGGAGUGCGGGAUUCCGCAAAAUGAUCGUGGCAAGUAUUUUCCGAUGGCCGCGCUGAAUGAGAAGAUCUCUCUGAUGCCGGAGGACGAGGCCUCUACAAUAGCAAGUCCCAGAUCAAGAUCAUCAAGCAGUGCAACGAUUCAGAAAGGGGCGCGCAUAAUUAAACCUGGGUUAUUCCCGUCUUCGAACGUGACGUCCCAAUCUGAGAUAGCUCAAGAUAUCGAUCUCGUUUCAGAACUCGCUGCUUUUCGACGGGCUAAGAAAACAGAAUACCAGAAUCGUGUGCGUGAACUGCGAGGAGAGAGUUUGAGCAGCGGCAUUCGGACACCUGUAUUGCCCGCUGUGAUGACACCUCAGCUGGCGAUGGCGCACUUUGUUGAAGGUCAUUGGAAAGGGGAAGUCAAGGUCGUACGGAAUCCGAAGGCCAGUCAGAUGCGAAGUGGCAUGGUGGAUAUGUAUGGUAAUUAUUUUGAGAAGGGGUACCUUUAUCCAUAG